AUGGAUUGUAUUAAUAGUAAUAAUCAUAAUGAUUUUAAAUUAGAACUUAAAAGAGUAACAAUAAAUGAUGUAGAACAAUUAUUAAGUAUUGGUAGGCGUACAUUCUUUGAAUCAUUUUCAGCAGUCAAUACUGAAGAUGAUAUGAAACAAUACUUGGAGACUGCAUUUACAAUUGAUAAAUUGACGGCCGAGGUGAAUGACACCAACUCUGAAUUUUACUUUGCAGUGGUUGACUAUGCGGUGGUGGUUGGGUACCUUAAACUCAACUAUGGACAAUCACAGACAGAGAUAAAGGAUAAUGGUGCACUCGAAAUUGAACGUAUCUAUGUACUCAAAGAAUAUCACGGCAAAAGUGUAGGACAGGUCCUAUGCAACAAGGCAUUGCAAGUGGCCAAAGAGAGGGCAUCAGAUUACAUAUGGCUGGGUGUGUGGGAACGCAAUCCUCGUGCCAUCAGUUUCUACACUAAAAAUGGUUUCGUUGCAUUCGAUAAACAUAUCUUUACAUUGGGUAGUGACGAUCAAACAGAUAUUUUAAUGAAAUUACAAUUAAAUAAAUAA